CGUUGUACGAGGCGGCAGCGUCUUAAGCAUAUAGACAAGCCACAUACAAUCUAUACUCGCAGAACUCGUUAUUAAAGGCCGAACUCUCCAUUCUAUAUAGGCUCUUGAAACUUCAUGUAAAUCAAUUCAAAGUGAAUAUAAUUAUAGAGCUAUACUAACAACAACAACUAUUGACGAUUUUAGAAACUGAGAAACUGCUUCGUUAAGCGAUUGAAAAACUAAGCGCGAAACCGCAAGCUGAGUGCAUUAAAUAGACAAAGUUCAUACCAUGGCCAUAGAGUUACGCUCUACGACCACUCUAAGUGAUAUCAUUACAACGGCAAAAGCAACAACUGCAACAACAACUAGCGGCGACAGCAACAACAACAACAACGGCAGCAACAACUUUAACCACUUGCAACAGCUGUUCGCCUGCAUCUGCGCAAAUGCGAAUCUCGUGCUCUUCACACUGAUGUUAGCGCUGGGCAAAUGCUGCACUGCCACGCCCACAAAUGCGGCCAAUCUAACGCAUAUGGAACAACAAGUGCUGCCUCCGACAGAUGGCGCCACACUGAUCAAGCAUCUCGACGGCAAGAGCAUCCUAAGCAUGGGCUUCAAGUUCCUCAACGUAUCCGGAAAAAUCGGCACGCCGCUGGGCAUAGCCCAAUCGCUACACACCAAAUGCGAUGAGAAGCAAUUUGAAUGCAACAACGGCGCCUGUAUACCCAUUCGAUUCGUUUGCGAUGGCGAUGCGGACUGCGCGGACCACAGUGACGAGCAGGUGAACGAGUGCAAAUUUCGCGAGGCCACCUGCUCCUCGGACCAUUUCCGCUGUACCAACGGCAACUGCAUACCCAACAAAUGGCGCUGCGAUCAGGAGAACGAUUGCAGCGAUGGCUCCGACGAGGACAGCACUCUGUGCAUGAAUGCCUGUCCCAACAAUGAGUUCAAGUGCAAGACCGUUGACCAGUGUAUUCCCCGCAAUUGGCUCUGCGACGGCAGCAACGACUGCCGUGACAAGUCCGAUGAGGCGCAAUGCAAGGCUCGCACCUGCUCGCCGGACGAAUACAGCUGCAAGAGCGGCGUGGGCGAGUGUGUUCCUCUUGCCUGGAUGUGCGAUCAGAGCAAGGAUUGCAGCGAUGGCUCCGAUGAGCAUAACUGCAACCAGACGUGCCGCUCCGACGAGUUCACCUGCGGCAAUGGUCGCUGCAUCCAGAGACGCUGGGUCUGCGAUCACGACAACGACUGCGGCGAUGGCACCGAUGAGCGCGACUGCCCCGUCGUCCCCUGCGACAGCGUCGCGGAGCACACUUGCCCCAACGGCGCCUGCAUUGCCAAGCGCUGGGUCUGCGACGGCGAUCCGGAUUGUCCGGAUGCAUCCGACGAGCGGUCGUGUGCGAAUGCCACUAAGCUAGUGACGCCCUGUUUACCACAUGAGUAUCAGUGCAAGGAUCGCAUCACCUGCCUGCACCACAGCUGGCUCUGCGACGGCGAUCGCGACUGUCCCGAUGGCGACGAUGAGCACGCCUCCAGCUGCAAGAACGUGACUUGCCGGCCGGAUCAGUUCCAGUGCGGCGAUCGCAGCUGCAUUGCCGGACAUCUCACCUGCAAUGGGCAAACGGACUGUGCGGAUGGCAGCGACGAGCGGGACUGCAAGCUGGCAGCUCCAGUCAAGAGCUGCAAUGCCACCAGCCAAUUCGACUGCGGCGGCGGCCAGUGCAUUCCCCUCUCGAAGGUGUGCGACAAGCGCAAGGAUUGCCCCGAUGGCGAGGACGAGCCGGCCAAGAAGUGUGGACAGAACGAGUGCGCGGUGAAGAACGGCGGGUGCAUGCACCGUUGCGUGGAUCACCAGGUGGGCUACAAGUGCGAUUGCCAUGAGGGCUACAAGCUGUCAGGAGAUGGCCAUAGCUGUGUGGAUGUGAAUGAAUGCGAACAGCCCGGCGUGUGCUCCCAGAUCUGUGUCAAUGAGAUCGGCGGCUUCAAGUGCGAAUGUGAAGCGGGCUACAUGAGAGAUCCACGCAACCACACACGCUGCAAGGCAAGCGAGGGACACGCCUCGCUUCUGCUGGCCCGCCGCCAUGACAUACGCAAGAUAGCACUGGACCAUAUGGAAAUGACCUCCAUAGUAAACAACACCAAGUCGGCGACUGCCCUGGACUUUGUGUUCCGCACGGGCAUGAUCUUUUGGAGCGAUGUGACGACCCAGAGCAUCUACAAGGCGCCCAUCGAUGAGGGCAACGAGAAGACUGUCGUGCUGAAGAAGUCGUCGGUUACCUCGGAUGGCCUGGCCGUCGACUGGAUCUACAACCAUGUCUACUACACAGACACCCACAAGUGCACCAUCGAGCUGACCAACUUUGAUGGAAACAUGGGCAAGGUUCUGAUUGAGGAUGCGCUCGACAUACCUCGCUCGAUUGCGCUCGAUCCCAUCGAGGGCUGGAUGUACUGGUCGGACUGGGGUGCCUCGCCGCGCAUCGAGCGCGCCGGCAUGGAUGGAUCCCAUCGCACAACGAUCAUCAACUAUGACGUGAAGUGGCCCAAUGGCAUCACCUUGGAUCUGGUGAGGAAGCGCAUCUACUGGGUGGAUGGCAAGCUGAAUAUCAUCUCCUCGGCCAACUACGAUGGCUCGCAGCGCAGACAGAUCCUGUACUCGACGGAGUAUCUGCGGCAUCCCUUCUCCAUCACCACCUUCGAGGACUACAUUUACUGGACCGACUGGGACAAGCAGACGGUCUUCAAGGCCAACAAAUUCACUGGAGAAGACGUAGAGCCCAUCACGGCAGUUCACAUGUUGCAGCAUCCCAUGGUCAUCCAUGUGUAUCAUCCGUAUCGCCAGCCCGAUGGCAUUAAUCAUUGUCAGUCCGUGAAUGGACACUGCUCGCAUCUCUGUCUGCCUGCGCCCCGCAUUAACGAGCGCAGUCCGCGCAUCUCCUGCGCCUGUCCGACCGGGCUCAAGCUCAUGUCCGAUGGCCUCAUGUGCGUCGAGGAUCCCAAUUAUCAAGCUGUAACACAACCUCCGCGUAUCCACAGAUUUAAGGCAAAAACGAAAUCCCAUCAGCGUCUAGUCAAAUUGAAUAAUACCAAUAUACUAACCGAAACUAACCAGCCAAAGCCUCUCAGCAACAAAGUGCAUGUUGCCGAGCGGAGUCCAGUGAACAACCAAACGCACAUCGAUCAAACCACAGCGCCCAGCCCGCAGCCGGACUCGGGCUUCAUAGCGCUAGUGGUUAUUGCUAGUCUCAGUGGUUGUGCGGUGCUGCUAUCGGUGGUCCUCCUACUUGGCUACCGCUACUGCAGCAAGCGACGCAUCAACUCUAUGAACUUUGAGAAUCCCAUCUAUCGCAAGACAACUACAGAAGAUCAUUUCAGUUUGCGCAAGAAUCUACCCGCACGUAUUUACGAUCACACCAGCGUUAUGGACGAGGAGUACUCACCCGUUAUAGGCAUAUCGUCGUAUUAGAGGUUUUGGGUUUAUUCUAUCUAAUCUAUGUUUAGAAGCCAAUUAUAAACCCGCUGCAGACACGCCUAAAGACUGAGCAACUCGUAUGUGUAAUUAUUUUAACCUUAUUUUAGCAGCAGUUAAGAGUGAAGGAGGAAGAAGAAGGAGGAGAAUCCUUUAAGGAUGCUGUACAAAAUACGUCACCGAGUUCUAACCUAAACUAAAGCUAUAACUAAAACUAAACUAAAGUAAACUCUAAAGAUAAUUCACAUAGUUCCAAACUGUAUAUAGCUGUAAGUGUGCAUUACUUAAUUGACAAAAAAAAAAAAAAAAAAAAUACUGAACAAACAAAUAUUUAAAAUUAUAAUAUUAUCUGAUUAAUUAUCUAAUUAAUAAUUAGAACAAAGCUUUGUUUCUGCUCAAAGUGCAGAUCGUUUAUUAUUAUUAUCAAUAUUAUUAUAUACUAUUGUUAAGUGUAAAUACGUUUCCGAAUCAAAGCGAUUGAAUAAAUGCCGAUAUGUGUAGUA